AUGGAAAACGAGCCAUCGCCUCCCCGACGCUCGCCCAGCCCGAUUAGCUUCAAGGAAAGGCUCCGGCGUGCUAGGAAAGAGAGAGGCCGGGCUAGAGAGUCCGACGAGGAUGAGCCAGAAGAUGAGCCCCUCGAAGAUGAAGGCGCUACUGUGCUGCACAAGCUGUACGGGCGGAGAGUGACGUUUCACCCUGGCAAUAUCGCAAAGAAGUCAGGCAAACGCAUCUGUCUUCAAGAGGCCGAUGCUUUGCGGAUCGCCGAGGAAGCCGGCCUUCCAGUUCCUCAUGUUCAUCACGUUGAGAUGACUGCAGAUGGCAAGAACCACAUAUCCAUGGAUUACAUAGAAGGCCAGGUUCUUUCUGAAGUGUGGCCAACCUACUCAGAAGUGCAAAAGCGAGCCAUCAUACAGCAGCUGCUCUACUUCACUUACAACGCUCCCGCAUGCCAAGACGAACAAGGCUUCAACGAAUAUCUCAUGGGCGCAUUAAUGCCACAGGUUUCGGGCCCGAUCCGCCGGGCCUUUGAGAAGAGGUGGCGCCGGACGGACCAUCGCGUUGUUUUCACGCACAGCGAUGUUGCGCCGAGGAACAUCAUCGUGCGCGAUGACAAGGUCGUCGGACUGAUCGACUGGGAAGAUGCCGGAUGGUACCCAGAAUACUGGGAAUAUGUGAAGUUCUUCCAGCGGUCGUCCACAGCUGAUGCUGACUGGAAAGACGCCGCAGACGAGAUCUUCCCCCAGGCAUACCCGGAUGAACUCGUGGACUACAUCGCCCUGUCGAAAUGGCUGGCCCCAUAA